CAUUGCAACAGGUUGUCCCGAUAGUAUGUCGCGCGAAGUGAUUAUUAAAUGAUAUAAUUUCAUGCAAAUGCAAACCCCGCAUCGGGAUUUCGAUCUGCUGCACUGUAUAGGGCGAUGUGUGUGACCUAACGGUGGAAGUAACCUGAUGGGGCUCAUAAUCUAAGACCCUCGCGGGGAUUCGCAGCCUGAGAGGGUUUGAGACCUACCUGCAAACUGUAUAAAGCUGGGAAGUGUUUCGGUGACCACCGACAGUACCUAUUUCAUUAACGAACAGUACGUUAUCGAUUAGCUGGCAGUUGUAGCAGUAUGAGAGGCUUAGCGAUAAAAUUCUUAAUACUUGUGCUUACUGCCACCGCUGUCUUCGGAGCUACUACUGAUCAACUUAAGGAAUCGAAGAAUAAAAAACCUUCAAAUUCACCAGAGCCAGAUGAAGGAAAGAAGAACACCAAACGACAUUUGUCGUUAGGUUUUGGCUACGGUGGAGAGGGCCUAGGACUUUCUGGUGGAUUAUACGAAGGACAUUCUAUUGGACUAUCAGCAGGAAACGCAGGGUACGGAUACGGUGGAGCUGCUUAUGGAUAUAACGGAGGAUUUCAUGGAAGUGGAAUAGAUUAUGGCGGCGGGUACGGUUACGCAGGUGGAUACGGCUACAGAGGUGGAUUCGGUGGAGGCUUUGUCGGUCACCCUGGCUUUCAUAGACAUUACCACGGUGCCUAUGGGUUCCCGAAGCCAAUUGUGACAGCAACUAUCAAGGAACACAUUCCAGUACCGUUUCCUAAGCCGUAUCCAAUAUUUAUCAAAAAAGCCGUUCCAUUCCCCGUAACUAUUCCCAAACCGGUGCCGUAUCCAGUGUUUGUGAAAAAAGCGAUACCUGUUCCUAUCGAUCGUCCAGUGCCAUAUCCCGUUCCGGUUCACAUCACAAAACAUGUACAGGUUCCCGUACCACAUCCAUAUCCAGUGCCAGUAAAGGUUCCGGCUCCAAUAGUGGUUCCUAAGCCUGUGGUAAUAGCGAAACCAGUUGUUCAUUACACGCCGUUGGUGCCGAUUGCCAAACCAAUUGUCCAUUAUACUCCGUUGGUAUCUACACCCAUAGUGACAGCUCAUGCACCAAUCCUUGACACCGCCGGGCAUAUCUCAGUCGCUAACCAUGGUGUGCACCAAACCCACGGAUCACACCUAAGCGCACAUUACGGUGCGUCUGGCCAAUACGGAUCCGUGAGCCACUAUGGUUCAGCGGGUAACUUCGCAUCAGGUAGUCAUUAUGGAACAGGGGCGCAAUAUGCUAGUGGAGGAUCCAUCGGUGGUGCACUCUGCGAUGACCUGCAUCGAUAGUAGAUUGAAAGUGUAUUAGCAUUUAUUUGCAAUCUUUAGGUUUCAUGUGUGAAUAUAGAACUAGUGAAUUGAGGAACCGAACGUAAGCGAAACAUUUGUAAUUGAAUACAGUCUAGAACUCAUAUCCAAGUAUGAUAUGGGAAAGGUCUAAAACUUGAGGAUACUGCGCAAAAUUGUAUGCAUCUAAUCCUGUGACACAUCACUUCGAGUGAAUCGGGUUUCAAACCAGUACCCGAAAGCAAGCGUAAUAAAAAAUAUCACCUUUUUUACAUAACCAUAGUAAUUAAGCGCGUAUGAUGUGCCCAAUAUAUAAACUGUAAUUAAUUCUUCACCAUUCAAGUCAUGAUUGCUUUAAAGAUAUUUAGGUAAUUGUAGGUUUUCUUUAACGUUUUAUUAUACUUUGAAAACAUCCUGUUACCAACUU